AUGGAGAGAAUAUUAAAGGAGAAAAAAAGACAGAUGGAGACCAAACUUCUCGAAAAGCGAUUGUCACAAGAAAGAGAAUCGAAAAAGCAGCAAUUGGAGGAAGAGCGGCAAAUGUUAGAAAGACAGUUGGAAGAAGAAAAAACGUUUUUGGAGGAAAGGAAGAAUAUGCAGCAGGAAUUUCAAGCAGCGAAACAGAUGAUUGCAGAGAAGUACGUUAGGCAAGGCAUUACAUUAAAUAAAGAUAGACAUGAAGAAAGGAGUAUGUUUUUUGGCGAAAAGAUUGAUUUUUGGAUGCAAAAGCAAGGAGAAAAUUCAAGACACGAACCCAAGAAAGGUGUAGAGGAGCAAAACUGUAUUGAUGAAAUUGAGGCAGAAGACAGCGAUCAGAAUUCUGAGGGAAGUUCUGUGGUGAGUUACCAUGAUGAUGUUCCGGAAAAGUACAGUACAGAGGAAACGCGAAACCGAAAUAGAAUUCGACAGCCUACGAAAUUAUCUGCAGAACAUAUAGCAGCUCGCCAGGCGAUCUCGAAGCACUUACCCGUGUUCAAAGGUGAACCGGAGGUGUGGCCAAUAUUUAUCAGUAGUUUCGAAUUUACAACAGAAGCCUGUGGUUUUUCAAACUUAGACAACCUAAAACGACUACAAGAUAGUCUGCAAGGGAAUGCUCUAGAGGCGGUGAGUAGUAGAUUGGUACUUCCAAGUUCAGUCCCGGACGUCAUAGAAGACCUUCGCCGAUUAUUUGGGAAACCGGAAAAGCUGCUGAAAACCCUUCUCACAAAAGUACGCAAUUCGCCAGCACCUAGAGCCGAUCGUCUGGACACAUUUAUUCAGUUUGGGCUGACAGUAAAACAACUUUGCGACCACUUGGAAGCGGCAAAUUUAAAGGAACACCUAAGCAAUCCAAUGUUAGUUCAAGAGUUGGUGGAAAAACUUCCUCCCAACUAUCGGUUAGACUGGGUCCGAUUCAAACGAGGGAAAAAUGGAACGCCUCUCAGGAUGUUUACUGACUUUAUGAACGACAUCGUAUCCGACGUGUCCGAGGUGACAGAGUUUGUUCCUCCUGGUGUAUGGGAAUCGUCAUCGCCGUCGUUCAGUAAAGCGAAUACAAAACGGAAGGAGUUUAUGCAUGUGCAUAAUGCUGUAUCCAGCAGAACCGAAGAUCAUUCAGACAUUAAAGGAGUCAAACCAUGUUGGGUCUGCAGAAGAACAGAUCAUAAACUCAGAUUCUGCGACGAUUUUAAACGGAUGUCCUUGGUUAACAGGUUGAAAGUGGUAGAGAAAAAUAAAUUGUGUACGCUUUGUCUUAACAAUCAUGGGAAAAGUACAUGCAAUUUCAAAAUUCGCUGCAAUGUUGGUGGCUGCCGAGGCGGUCAUCACCCAUUGUUACAUCGAGUUGAAGCAGCCGUUCAGAUUUCAAAUGUGAAAUGCCACGCUCACGAUCGAAUAGGUCGAUCGGUUAUUUUCCGAAUAGCACCAAUUAGCCUACAUGUUGGCGAUCGCGUCGCCACCCUUCUGGCAUUCUUUGACGAAGGGUCAUCUGCUACGCUAAUUGAGGAAUCGGUGGCAAAGCAGUUGAAUAUUAAAGGAGUUGCAGAGCCUUUGGUGGUUACGUGGACUGGAAAUGUUAGAAAAUAUGAAAAUACAUCAGUAAGAGCUAACGUAAAAUUGUCUGCACAAGGAUCUGACACCAUGUUGCCAUUGACAAAUGUACGCACUGUGAAACAGUUAAUGUUGCCUGAGCAAGAUCUACAGUCUCAAGAACUAACAUAUCGAUACCCGCAUCUUAGCAAUAUUCCCGUGGCAAAUUAUGAACGUUCUAGGCCCGGAAUAAUUAUAGGUUUAGAUAAUUUACACAUUUUCGCACCUCUUAACUCGCGCGUCGGUCCAGCAGGAGAGCCAAUCGCUGUGUUCACGAAAAUAGGCUGGAUGAUAUACGGGCCUGAGCCCCGGAAAACGACUGCAGAAGUAAGCCUGAAUUUUCAUUCAUACGAAGCGAUAACGAAUGAACGGCUUCACGAUCUAAUUCGAGAACAAUAUGUUGUAGAAAACUUAACCACUCCUUUCGAAGGCUUAUUGGAAUCUUCGGAGAAUCAACGAGCACGAGCAAUUCUCGAAGCCACUACAAUUCGCGUUGAUGACCGUUUCGAAACGGGUUUGCUGUGGCGUGCUGAUACGCGCCAUUUUCCUGACAGUUACCCAAUGGCUGUCCGAAGAUUGAUAUCAUUGGAGAAAAAGCUGGACAGGGAUCCAGAAUUGUUUCAGAGCGUACAUCAGCAGAUUCGAGACUACGUAACAAAAGGUUAUGCGCACAAAGCUACUGAGAAGGAACUAGUGGAGUCGCAACCUAACAGUAUUUGGUACCUUCCGAUGAACGUGGUACGAAACCCACGAAAACCAGGAAAGAUUAGAUUUGUUUGGGAUGCAGCAGCCACCGUAAAUGGGAUUUCAUUAAACAGCGAGCUAUUAGCGGGUCCAGAUAUGCUUCAGUCGCUGCCAGCGGUCAUCAACCGUUUCCGAGAGCGACGGAUUGCCUUCGGAGGCGAUAUACAAGAAAUGUAUCAUCAGAUACGCAUUCGCUCUGACGACAAACAAGCCCAACGUUUUCUGUUUCGCUCCAGUCCGAACGACAAACCGGAAGUUUACGUCAUGGACGUCGCAACUUUCGGAUCUACCUGUUCUCCCUGCUCAGCCCAAUUUAUCAAAAAUAUCAACGCAGCGGAGUUUGCUGAGGAAUUUCCGGAGGCAGCUGCAGCAGUAAUCAACAAUCAUUACGUUGAUGACUAUUACGAUAGUGCCGAUUCUGUAGAUCAUGCUUACAAGAUCGCAAGGGAGGUUAAAUAUAUACACUCUCGCGGCGGUUUUCAUCUAAGGAAUUGGGUUUCCAAUUCAUCGGAAUUUCUUGAAGCCAUGGGGGAACCAAGCAAAAAUUCUGCUGUUCACUUCAAUCGAGAUAAAAGCACGAUGGUCGAACGGGUUUUGGGAAUCAUAUGGGACCCAUCAGAGGAUGUGUUUCGUUUUUCAACUACAGUUCGGGAGGCAUAUAAACCAGUGCUUCAUGGCAUCGAGAGACCAACAAAAAGAAUAGUACUUAGCUGCGUGAUGUCGAUGUUUGACCCUCAAGGUCUUCUUUCCCCUUUCACCGUGUUUGGAAGAAUGUUGAUUCAGGAUCUAUGGAGAACCGGUUGCGACUGGGACGAUCCAGUUGAUGAUAGAUCCCAUGAGAAAUGGACACGUUGGACUAAAGUAUUGCCGCAAAUUGCUGCCAUCAAAGUUCCUCGGAGUUAUUUCGGUGUAUCAAAAUUGUCCGAAGUAAAGAAAAUUCAACUUCAUAUUAUAACAGAUGCAAGUAAAGGAGCGCUAGGGUGUGUUGCAUACUUUCGAGCGAUUGUGGAAGGAAAUGUGCGAUGCGUGCUGGUGGCAAGCCGCGUGAAAGUCGCACCAUUAAAACCUGUCUCUAUCCCUCGUCUAGAGUUGCAAGCAGCAGUCAUAGGAGCCCGGCUGGCAUCCGCAGUACGAAAAAAUCAUUUUUUCGAUAUUGAAACGCAAUUCUUCUGGUCGGAUUCAACCACUGUUCUCUCGUGGAUCAGGUCAGACCAUCGUCGUUAUAAAGAGUACGUAGGACAUCGCGUGGGUGAAAUUUUAUCCAUCAGCCGGCUGCCUGAAUGGAAAUGGAUUCCCACAAAACUGAACGUGGCCGAUCAACUGACGAAAUCGACUAGGGACCCGGAGAUGAACGCUGCUUCCACUUGGUUCAAUGGACCAGAUUUCAUGUACCUUGGAGAAGAAAACUGGCCGAAGCAAAGGGCGGUUCAGGCUGAAACAGAGGAAGAAAUAAAGGUGCAUCUUAUGAUUCACGAUGUUGAGGUGCCAGCAGCAGUUAUAAAAGUCGAGCGUAUAUCAAAAUGGAACAUCUUGGUUCGAACGUUAGCAAGCGUCUAUCGGUUCCUGUCGAACUGUAAAAGGAAAAUAAAACGUUCACCACUAGAAACGUUGAGAGCUUCGCUUAGACAAGCGAAUCUUCUAAAAUCAAUAAAAUAUCCAGUAGUAAUAACCCCCUUAAAACAGCAAGAACUAGGAAAGGCAGAACAGACGCUUUUCAAAAUGGCACAAAUUGCUGUUUUUGAGCCUGAAUUUAAAAUUCUCAAAAAGAACGCAGAAUUACCGAUGGAAAAGUGGUUGAAGCUAGAAAAAUCUAGCUUGCUUUAUAAACUUACUCCCUACGUGGGUGUGGACUAUUUGGGGCCGUUCACGGUGGUUGUGAACAGGCACAGUGAAAAACGAUGGAUCGUCUUAUUCACAUGUUUAGUAGUACGAGCAGUUCAUCUGGAAGUAGCUCAUUCGCUGACUACACAAUCCUGUCUCAUGGCAAUUCGCCGUUUCAUCUGCCGACGUGGUCCCCCCUUAGAAUUUUUUUCUGAUAAUGGGACGAACUUGAAGGGUGCGAGCAAAGAGUUAAAGGCGAAUAUGCAGGCAAUUGGAGAAGAGAGUGCCAAUGAAUUCACUUCAGCUCGUACGAAGUGGACAUUUAGCCCCCCAGCUACCCCCCAUAUGGGUGGGGUGUGGGAAAGACUUGUCCGGUCAGUGAAGGCAGUCUUGUCAGUUCUAGAUGAUGGACGACGAUUAACAGAUGAAGUUUUAUUAACAUCAAUAACCGAAGCUGAGGAUAUAGUGAACUCGCGUCCUCUUGUCUACGCAUCACAGGAAUCGGAGGAGGCAUUGACACCAAAUAAUUUUCUUCGGGGAGUGUCCCCCAAUGAACCACGGCAAGGAACACCCCCCACGUAUCCGGCAAAAGCUUUGAGAGAUUCAUUUCAUCGAUCACAGCAGUUGACUGAAGAAAUGUGGAAAAAAUUAAUUCGUGAAUACGUUCCGUCAAUUAGUGGACGGCCAAAAUGGUUUGCUGAAUCCAAAAAUUUGCAAGUAGGCGAUCUUGUAUACGUCGUAGAAGGCAAAACAAUCACCAGCACACAGUUGGCUGCCCGGGAUCAGGCGAAAAAAUCACCAGCGCUGACGUUAUCACCAGGGGCGCACCAGCCAGCAGAGCGACCGCGAGAACAAUAG